GGUUUGAUCAGGAACGAUCAGGUGCUCAGGCAAUGCAAAGCAGCUUUCGAGAUAAACACGAAGUGCAUUGCAGAUAUUGGUGAUUCCGACGAUUUGUUGGACGAAGCGUUCACGGACCAAAAUGGAGAGUUUCGCGUUGAUGGUACCACUCGUGAAAUGACUACCAUUGAGCCGAUACUGAAGAUUUUCCACGAUUGCAAUGACGGUAUUAGGCAACAUAAACCAGUGUUUCUCGGAACAUUAGCACACGGCCUUUCAGCUGUUUACAGUGAACAAGUUCGAUGUUUAGCGAAUACAAGUUUAGGGGAUCCAUGCCAAAAACUUGUGCAAUUCGAUGUUCCCGAAAAAUACAUUCAUCGUGGUAAGGUCAACGAAUGGUUCGAUAUCGGUGAACUGAAUAUGGAAAUGACGUUCAGAAACGAGGGACGUGAAUGCAAUGUUUAG